UCCCAACCCCUGCUUUCAGCCCAGUGCUGGACAUAGCACGGAAAGUGAAAACAACAACAACAACAACAACAACAGCCUUUCCUCCUGGGCUCUCUCAGGGAAGAAAUUAUUCGGGAAAAAAUUCAAGCUAGAGGAAUUUGUCAAACCUGUCUUGCCCCGACCAGAAGACCUGCUGACCUCUCAGGCUACAAAUACCAUGAUGCAUCUCACCACCCAGAACCACCGGCUAGCUUCUAAAAAUGUAUGUAAUUCCAAAAUACCUAAACUCCAUCUGUCAGCCACACAGGGAGGGGAAGAGGAGGUGGUGAUGGUGGGUCCGCUUAAGACUGGCUCUGCCAUGCUGCCAACGCUCGGCCAAGAGGGCCCUGCCACCCAGAGAGACUCCUCGCUCCUAGUCAGGUCUUUCCUGCCUGGCUCAUCCCGAGCGAGGGAGGGGGAGAACCUGCCCCUGCGGUGGCCUCUGAAGCUGGCCCCUCUGGAGCUGCCCAGGGAGGUACAGAAGGCCCAGAGACAGAAGAUGAAGGGGAUUGGUCUGGAGGCCAAGGGUGCUUCCCGCAAACUGGACACUACGGUUGGGGACCAACCCUGUCCCAGGAAGGUGAAGGCCUGUGGGGUGAGAGGAGAGAGACCAGAACUGGUUAAGGGUGCGGCAGAGUGUGUCUCCACCCCAUCCCCACAUCCCCUGCCCCUGACUGAAACAGCACCCAGAGUCCAGCGACAGCAGAAGGUUCUGAGAGCGGAGCUUGCUCAUGCCAACCCAAUCCAGAGACACACAGGAGGCAGGCUCUCAGAAGAUUUUGGCUCUACCAUUAAAGACCUCCAUCCUCCUCCUAGAAGCAAACCAGUCUCUCCCUCUGCCUCUUUCCCCGUCAGUGCCAAAGCUCAGGCCCAGCAGGCGCCACGUGGCGAGGAGAGCGUAUGCCAUGCGGCCGGCCCGCUCCAGCAGGAGGAAGAGGCCAAACUGGCCCAAGGGUCCCAGCAGGGAAAAGCCCUGAGGGUAGAGAAGACAGAGAAGGCUCGGAGGACAGAGAAAGCCCUGAAGGAGGCCAGUCGCAUGCUGGAGAAGGCUUCCAAGAAGAACGUCAGGCCAGAAUCACUGGAGAACCCGCUGGAAGUGUCCGGAAAGGCCCUCAGGAGGAUGGCAGUGAGCAACCUCCAGGACGCUGUCCUUUGACAGCUGACCCAGGAUCUUUGACCUCUUAACCCCUGACUCCUUUUGACCAGCCCAGGAAGUCGUGAAAACAGACUUGACAGUGUUAAACCGUGUGUUUAUUUGUGCUUAUCACCUGGAAAUUACUAUAGAAAAACCCCUGCAUCUUACUUCACGCAGCAUCUGGUAUUCAUAGCAACAAGCCAGUUACAAUUGCCAAGUACCCUAGCAGGCAGUAUGUAUAGUAUAUAAAACAGAAUAAAUAUAGAGUAUAUUAUAAUAUUUAUUUAUUAUUUUGUAGAAAGAUGACUGUAAUAAAAAUGUUUGCAUGCCAACAUGGUACCAUUAGAAUAUGUAAAAGAAAAUAGUGACAUUUAACCAUCGUAGAUAUUCUGACAUUGGCUAUUCGAUCUCAUAUUUUGGAUGAGAUAUGUCUAUGAAACUGACAUGCAUUCAGGGAAUAUCAUCACGGGCUUAUCAGACCGAUACAUUGGCCUCAUCUAUCAGCUGAAAAAUUAGCUCCUGUAUAUAUUGAGAUUUAAAUGUUUUUUUUAGAGUGAAGUACAUCGAAAAAAUCAAGAGAAAACUGCAAGACUCAAUAGAAGACAAAACAAGGAACAAACCAAAAAGACAGGCUAUUGAAGAAGUAACUAUUUUUCAUAAAAUUGUACAGUUAUCUUAGCUAGCUGAAUUGCUAGCUGAAUUGUUUACUUGUUGCUAAGCAGUUGCUAGGGACUCUCCUGGAAGAAGCUAGCUAGCUUACAAAGAAUAACAACAAAAAAUAUCUAGUUAACAGAAGAAAGGAAGACAAAAUAAGGACAGAAGAAAAAGGAAAAGAAAAAGGACAACAAAGUGAAACCUCUAAAGAAACAAGAGACCAUAAUAGAAGAAACAGCACUAUAGAGAGAUAGAACAACAACAACGCAGCCACUGCCAGCUAGCCUACUUCAGCAGUACUGUAUCAUUUGAAUUAUUUUAGUCAAUAAGAUUCCUGCUACGUAAGCUUAACUUUCUGAACAUUCGAGACGUGUAGUCCACUUGUCAUUCCAAUCUCCUUUGCAUUAGCGUAGCCUCUUCUGUAGCCUGUCAACUAUGUGUCUGUCUAUCCCUGUUCUCUCCUCUCUGCACAGACCAUACAAACGCUCCACACCGCGUGGCCGCGGCCACUCUAAUCUGGUGGUCCCAGCGCGCACGACCCACGUGGAGUUCCAGGUCUCCGGUAGCCUCUGGAACUGCCGAUCUGCGGCCAACAAGGCAGAGUUCAUCUCAGCCUAUGCCUCCCUCCAGUCCCUCGACUUCUUGGCACUGACGGAAACAUGGAUCACCACAGAUAACACUGCUACUCCUACUGCUCUCUCUUCGUCCGCCCACGUGUUCUCGCACACCCCGAGAGCUUCUGGUCAGCGGGGUGGUGGCACCGGGAUCCUCAUCUCUCCCAAGUGGUCAUUCUCUCUUUCUCCCCUUACCCAUCUGUCUAUCGCCUCCUUU